AUGGCAGCUGGCGGAGCGCAUUACUACGCGCGGAAACGUUUCUGUCACUUCUGUCCUCCCUUCGUCGGCCACAUUACCAAAGGAGAGGAGCCACCACCGUCCCUCAUUCGCUCCAAAAUCCCUCCAUGUGAUUAUUCUGACAAUGCUCAAGCAAUUGUUUUCUAUCAUUCUCAUCUCCGGUCGUUCCGCCUUUCCCCCUCUUCCCCAUCCCCCUCCGCGUACCGCAGCUGGAAGCCGUCGAGUCCGCCGAGCAAGCGCGCGAGGCUGCGCGAGUUCAAGCACUUCAUCCCGCACGAUGGGCACGAGUGGCUCAAAUACGGCCAGAAGGACAUCUCAGGCGGCCGCUUCUCACGACAUUAUUUUCGCUGCAGCCACUCCGACAAUGGACGCCGCUGCCCUGCGCGCCGAGUGGUGGACGUGCACACGCAGUUCGGCCAGCCUGGCGCCUCUGACAUCGCGCCACGUGUCACCUACUCCGGCAAGCACAACCACGCGCAGCCUGCCUCUCGCACCCCCUCCGAGAACGAGUCUUUGUUAGCAAAUCCCAUAUUCCCUACAGAGCGCGCCAAGCCAUCAGUCAGUAUGUGGGAGCAGCAGGCUAUCACAGGUCACAUGCUCCCAGCUGCAACUACACAAGUAACGCGUGCACAGCUGCAGCACCUCCCAGGCUCUAAGAAGCAACAGCAUGCAACCACACUCGACCUGCCUUUGAUUCACAGUGGCUUCGCGAAGGGCGAUGGCGAGAGGUGCGACGACUCGUGCCCGCUCACACCCACCACGCCCACCUCGCCGCUGCCGCUCUCCUCAUUACUCUCCACGCCGCUGUCCCCGCCGCGGACUCCACAGCUCUCCCAGCCGCCUUCCCCGCGGACUCCUGUUUCUCUCAGGGCGGUCUCAUCCUGCAGUUUCAUCCUACCAUCAUCCGGAGCAGCGGAGGAGGCCGAGCGGGAAGCGGGAGAGGUGCAAACGGGCUUGGCUGAAGGGCUUGGCAAACGAAAGCGGUCAAUGUUGGUGAACGAGGCUGUGAACGAGGCUGCUGAUGCCAUGUCACACGCAGACGUCGAAGGGUGUCAAGGAAUCCAAGAUUCUGAAAUCAGCCUGACUUUGAAGAAUCAGACGGUUCUGCUGCCAGGAAAUGAUUCUGAUACAUUUCAGAAGGCUCUGUCGGAACCUGUGGAUCACGGGGUGCUGCUGACAGCUGCAAAUUGGGCGAGCGCGAGCAACGUGUUUGACACAACAGAUCUGGGCCCGUUACAAGCAGCUCCGAUUGAGGCAGCAUGUCCAAACGGAGCUCCUGCUGCUCUUUCCAAGUUGGGGUCAGUGACAUGGCAGAGUCUGCAGGAUUUGGAAGCCCUAGCUCCCCUCUUCCCACCGCCAAGCGCGAUGGGACCGUCAGAUCUAAUCACUGAUGAGGUGGUUCGAGAUCAACGGUGCUGCGGCUUCGGCUUCUCUCCCUGCACGCUCCCUCCUUUAAAAUCGCCAACUUUGACCGCGUCCUCAGCAGGAGCAGGCGGGUUCGUUUCAGCAAAAGACUCAUGUGAUCGAAUAUCCUCGGCGUUGGCCAAUCACGGUGGAGGAAGAGUUGCUCCUUCAGCUGGCAUGGAGGGGUUGGUGAUUGCCGAGGAUGAGACGGGGGUGAUCCAGGUGGUGAUGAGUGAUGGGAUUCAGAGGCGGCAGGAAAUGCAAGCAGACGAGAUUUGCAGCAAUGAUCAGGAACGACACGUUCCGGAGCUCUCAGAGGUUCCUUUUUGGGCUGAAAGGGAUGCUUCAGUUGGAGGGUUGGAGGGGCGGACUGCGCUCGACGAAUGGUUUCGUGAGUUGGGUGCUACCGGUACUAAUGGUGCCUGUGGCCGUACUGGCAAGGACGAUAGGGGUGCGACUUCCUCAAGAGAGCUUACAGGGCUUGACGUGUUCGGCGGUGAGAGAAGUUUCAGCCCGCUUGUUAUCUUGGAAGACUCCUUGGGCAUGCUCCAAGUUGGGCAUUCGCCAACACCCAUUCCUGAAACAGCAGCCGUUGAGGCGGCACCGCCUGCAGUGGAGGACCAACAACCAGAAUCAGAGGCCACGGUUGCGGUCACAGAAAGCAGCAGUGGUGCAGAAGAUGCGAGGGAAGGGGUUGGGGGUGGUGCAGAGAAGCAGGGUUCUGCUGACACGGCUGCACCAGUGGCUGCCGCUGCUGGGUCAUCGUCGUCUGUAGGGGUUGAAGAAGAAACGAAGGUUGUGGUUUCAGAAACGAGGUCGAGUGCGGGAAGUGAGGCUGGAAAGCCAGUGGAGGAGGAGAAGGACGUAAACGGUGUGGAGGGAGAGAAACCAGUCGCCACUGGCCAGGAGCCGAUUGAGAUCAUUGAGCCGAAGCCCCUACCUAACUGUUCUGCAAUUGUCUGCUGGCUUUUUGGCUGGACUGUUCUUGCAUGCCUCUUCCUGCCUGCUCUCACUCUACCUCCCCUUUCCUCCCAUUUGGCACCAGAGGGAAGCGGAGGUGGUGAAGAUGGGUGUGAUGGCGGUGGUGCAGGGCGACGCGGUAAGCGAGUCGAGUGCGUGCAUGUGGGUGCAUCAAUUCACUACGCCCCUCGCCUGUCUUUGCCGUUUUCUCCCCUUUUUGGCACUCAGAGGGAAGCGGAGGUGGUGAAGAUGGAUGUGAUGGCGGUGGUGCAGGGCGACGUGGUCAUUGAGUGCGUGCAUGUGGACAUGGAGGGCGCGGGCAGCGAGCAGAUGGUGUGGCGAGUGGCGUUCAACACGGCCCACGUGCGAUCCAACAUGCUCGUGCUCUCAAGGGACGAUCUGGAUAUUCUCUGGCACACUCGCGAGCGAUUUACCCAGGACUUCAGGGUGGAAAUCCUAUUGACAGACCGGGAAUCCAAGGUGCCGCCUCCCCCGGCCGCCACCUCUCUGGCGGCAGACGAUUAUGGCGGUUUACCCUUAGAUUCCUUUCUGAAGCUCAAGGAGGCCUUUGAGGACUCUGCCUGGACGCAAGACGACAGCUCGCGCGCCCUAGAGGAGAUUCGCCACACCAUCUAUGCCGCGGCCAGCACCAAGAGGAGAAACCGGAGGAGUGGAGGAGGGUCGGGAAGCAGAGGGUUGCGGGUUCGAACCCGGGUGCCGGCGGGUGGGAAAUGGGGCCCGGGAGGGGCGGGUUUUGCAGGGGAUAUGCUUGAUGAUAGUGAUUAUGCGUCGGAUUUGGAUUCUGCGGAUACUUCUCCGACGUUUUCUAGUAUGCUGCAGUCGAGGGAUGGGAGCCCGUCGCCGGCCCGGCCGUUUGGGAGUGGUUUAGGGUUUGGGAUGUUUGGGUUUCCGGGCGGGAAGGUGAGGAGGAAGGUGGGAUCGGAGUGUGUGUUGCCGCCGGGGUUGCUGUUUGCGGAGCAGACUUAUACGGAGGAGGAGGGGCUGACGCGGAGAGAGAGGGCGAGUGCGGGUGAUUUGAAGAUGCUUUGGCUGGAUUUGGCGAAUGGGCCAUCGCUGUAUUGGAAUGAGUGGGAUUCGGAGCUGAAUCCUGUUCUGGGGAAGCUUUUAAGGAGGAUGUCGAAGCGGGUGCCGGGGUUUAAGUUGCCCGAGAUGGGGUUGUUGGGGCAGAAGGGGUUGGAGAAGGGGGAGGAGGAGAAGAAGGAAGAUGAGAAGGAGGAGAAGAAGGAAGAUGAGAAGGAGGAGAAGAAGGAAGAAAAGGAGGAGGAGAAGGAAGAGAAUAAGGAGGAGAAGAAAGAGGAGAAGAAGGAGGAGGAGAAGGAAGAGGAGGAAGAUGAGGAAGAAAAAGCGGCUGCUGCAGCUGCUGCUGCUGCUGAGGCUGCAGCAGAGAGGAAAAAACAGGAGAAGCUGAGAAAGGCUGAAGAGAGGCGGAAGGAGGCUGAGAGGAGGAGGCUGGAGGAAGAGGAAGAGGAGAGGAGGGAGGAGGAGAGGGGGAAGGGUCCCCCCCCGCCCCCCCCUCCCCCAGGGGGCAAGGGCGGACCACCUCCCCCUCCCCCGCCCCCAGGGUUUAAGGGCCCCCCGCCUCCCCCUGGGUUCAAGGGUCCCCCCCCUCCCCCGGGGUUUAAGGGCCCCCCCCCUCCCCCCGGGUUCAAGGGUCCCCCGGGGCCCCCUCCCCCCGGGGGGUUCAAGGGGGGGUUUGCGCCUGCUGCGCCCCCCCCUAAGAAGAAAACCCCCCUAAAGGCGUUUUUCUGGGGGAAGGUGACUCGAGUGGUGGAGGGGAACAUGUGGGCUGAGGUGCAGAAAGAAGAGCAGCGUGAUUCUCGAGUGGUGGAGGGAAACAUGUGGGCUGAGGUGCAGAAGGAGGAGCAGGUCGCUGCUACCCCAGGUGCAUACUUCUUCCCUCCUCUCUUUUCUCCUCUGGCUUCUCUCUCUUUCCUCGUUCUUGAGGCGGCUCAAAAGAAGGUGACUCGAGUGGUGGAGGGGAACAUGUGGGCUGAGGUGCAGAAGGAGGAGCAGGUCGCUGCUACCCCCAGCUCAGCUCUGGCACCUUGUUCCGGCCUCUGCUCUCAUCAACCCCACGCAUUUCCCUGCAUCUGGGCGGUUUCCUUUGUGUGCAUGUGGGCGGUUUCCUUUGUCUGCACAUGGGCGGCGUCCUUUGUCCGCAUGUGGUGCAGGUUGGACUUGGAGGCGCUUUAUCCGGAGCUGGAAGAUCUGUUUUCUGCCGCCCCUCCCCCCAAGAAGAAGGACACGGGGCCUAAGAAGGAGGCCAAGCCGCAAGCCCUCACUCUUGUUGAUAUGAAGCGCGCCAACAAUUGUAUGAUUAUGCUUUCCAACAUGAAGCACCUCAAGUACCCUGAGAUUGUGGACGCCAUUCUAGCGCUGGACAGCAAGGUGCUGGAUGCAGAGAAGGUGGAUGCGCUGCUGAAGUUCUGCCCCACCAAGGAAGAAGGGGAGAUGAUCAAGGGCUGUGGCAUGCCGCCAGACAAGCUGGGCAAGUGCGAGCAGUUCUUUCUGGAGAUGCUGCGAGCGCCGCGUAUCGAAGCCAAGCUGAGGAUCUUUGAGUUCAAGCUGUCGUACGACCAGCAGGUGAAGGACGUGCAACGCAAUCUGGACCUCGUCCAUAAUGCGUGCAAGGAGGUCCGGGAAUCAAAGAGGCUGAGGCGCAUAAUGCAGACCAUUCUGUCUCUGGGGAACGCGCUCAAUCAGGGCACUGCUAGGGGCUCUGCCAUUGGGUUUAAGCUGGACAGUCUUCUCAAGCUCACAGACACCAAGACGCGCAACAACAAGAUGACCCUCAUGCACUACCUGGCGAAGGUACUCACAGAGAAACUUCCCGAGCUCGCCUUGUUCUGGGAGGAGCUGCCAUCACUUGAAGAUGCCCACAAGAUUCAAGUGAAGCAACUGGGGGAGGAGAUGCAGCAGCUGAACAGCGGCACCACCAAGCUGGAGCGCGAAAUGGUGGCCUCAGAAAAAGAUGGACCCGUGUCUGAGAACUUCAGAAAGGCACUGAAAGAGUUUGCAGAGGAGGCCACGGCAGGAGCCAAGAAGCUGGCUGCACUCUAUGCUGACGUGUCGAAGGCCACAGAUGGGCUCUCGAGAUACUUUGGAGAAGACCCAAACAAGUGCCCCUUCGAGCAAGUUGCCACUGUGCUGCACAAUUUCGUGCAGUCUUUCAAGAAGUCUCAAGACGAGAACAUCAAGAACGCCGAAGCAGAGAUAAAGCGGAUUGAGAAGGAGAAGAAAAAGGAGGCUGAGGAGAAAAAGAAGAAGGAAUUGGAGGAGAAAAAAGCAGCUGAAAGGGCUGCGAAAGCAGAAAAGGAGAAAGCAGCACAGGAGGCGAAAGCAGCAAAGGAAAAGGAGGGAGGAGGGAAGGGAGGAGAGGGGGAGGGAGCGGAGGGGGGAGGGGAUGGGAAGAAGGAUGGGGAGAAGGAUGGGGAGAAGGAUGGGGAUGGGAAGAAGGAGGAGGGGAAAAAGGGGCCGGUUAAUAUGCUUGCUGCUAUUAAGAAGCGUCACGUGGCGAAUGAUGACGAUGAUGAUGAUAAGAAGGAUGAGAAGAAGGACGAUAAGAAGGAUGAGAAAAAGGAUGAGAAGAAGGAUGAGAAAAAGGACGGUGGCGAUGCAAAGAAGGAUGAAAAGAAGGGUGGUGAUGGGAAGGAGGGAGCGAAGGAGGGAGGGAAGGAGGAGGCAGGGAAGGAAUCGGAGGUGAGUGAGGAAGAUUCGAGUAGCGAUGACGACGAUAGUGAUAGUGAGGAGGACGAGGAGGAGGGGUCAGGAGACAAGCCGGCAGAAGGGGCAGCAGCAGCAGGGGCAGCGGCAGCAGCAGCAGCAGGUGGUGCAAAAGAGGGAGAAGCAGCAGCAGCGGCGGCAGGGGAGGAAGGGGCGAAGGAGGGUGGAAAGAAAAAGGUGGUAAAGAAAGUGGUGAAGAAAGUUGUUAAGAAGAAAAAAGCGGCGGAAGGGGAGGGGGCGGCUGAAGGGGAAGCGGGUGAGGGGAAGAAGAAGAAGAUUGUGAAGAAAAAGGUGGUGAAGAAAAAGGAUGGGGCUGCUGGGGAGGGUGCGGAUGGGGCGGAGGGAGGUGGAGAGAAGAAGACGGUUAAGAAGAAAGUUGUCAAGAAAAAGGCAGCAGCCGAUGCGACUGCUUGA